GAAAGAUCAAAUAUUGCAGCAAUCACCCAUUUUCUGGAUUCAACAGCGAAAAAGACUAUCUCAUUUUUAAGUACCCCUAGGAGUUUGGUAAUCUAAAAUGCAGGAACUUUCUAGCAGAAUCGCGGAAGCCCAAGCACGUCUCAAGGCGCUUGCUGAUGACCAUGCGGACCGUGCUUCACAACUAUAUUAUCUUGCAACUCUACUGAAUGAUCGUUACUCCGUCACUGAGGUGACGGAUGAUCAAAACAACGCUAUUGACAUGGUCAAGCAAGCUAUCCAAGCUCCUUCUCAUCAGCACCCUGACAGGCCAGAAUGGCUGAGCUUUCUUGGAACCCUUUUGAGCGAGAGAUAUACGCGUACAGAAGGAAUGAAGACCCUAGAGGAGGCGAUCGUUGUUUCAAAACAGGCUGUUCAUGAGACUCCCGACCAUGAUCCCAAGCAUUCAGAGCGAUUAUACAAUCUUGCUCUUUUAUUAAACGACCGGUUUGCAGUUACAGAAGAACUGGCAGAUCUAGACGAGGCUAUUGCCAACACUAGGCAAUCGAUGGAUUCUCCUAGCAAGAAUCAUCCGGACCGAAUGGAGUGGCUGAGUAACCUUGGAGCCUUUCUCUAUCAUCGAUUUUUGCUUACGGAGUCGAGGCCUGACCUGGAUGAAGCCAUCGAUCUUGCUCAGGAAGUUGUGGAUAUGCUUCCAAACUCAGACCCCGAUCGAUCAACCCUCUUGCAAAACCUUGCUCUCAGACUCGACAGGCGAUUCUCAGUUACAGCAGACAAAACAGACUUGGGUUUUGCAAUUCAGAGUAUCCGGGAAGCCAUCUAUUUGACACUCAGCGAUGAUCCCAACCUCGUCGAAUACUCAUACCAGUUAGCAAACCUUCUAGGGAAAAGAUUCUCAAACACCCGGGAGAUCCCAGACCUAGAUGUUGCUAUCACUAGCACAAAGAAGGCUCUGGAGAUAACCACAAGUUCAAAUCCCAUCAUGGCAGAAAUAUUGGAGACUCUUGCUUCGCUAUUAGCAACCCGAUACUCUAUUCUAGGAGAGAAAAAUGAUAUAGACGAAGCUAUCAAAUUUGCGAAACAAGCACUUCAAGAGGUCUCAACCCAUGUUUCUGAUGGAGAGUUUGAUAUAGCUUCAAUGCUCAAUGCCCUCGGUAUAUAUCUGGGCGAUCGAUUCUUACAACAAGGUAUAUUACCAGAUCUGGAUGAGGCUAUUGCAGCUGCGAAAGAAGCUAGCGAAAUGGCCUCUUGUAUUCACCCCGACCAUCUACAAUAUUUGGACACUCUCAGUGUGCAUUUAGGGAAUCGAUUUUCUCAUGUUGGGACCUUUGAAGACUUGGAAGAAGCCAUCGAAGUUAGUCGGGAAGCGAUCAAGACAACAUCAUAUGGCCAUCCUGAACAUGCCACAAGAUUGAACAACCUUUGCGUUCUGCUUGGCGACCGAUACGCUGCUCUUGGAGACGCGACGGAUUUAGAAGCGGCGGUCCAGGUAAUCCGAAUGGCCAUCCUAAUCACUUCCGAUGGUAGUCCAGACUUGGCGGUCCUUUUGAACUCUCUCAGUGUUCGACUCGGUGAUAGGUAUUCAGCUCGGGGAAGCGUAGCCGAUUUGGAAGAGUCUGUCAUAGUCGCCAAGCGAGCAAUAAAGACGACCCCUGUUAGCCACCCCAACAGAGCCAAGUUCCUGAAAAACCUCAGUCUUCAAUUGGGAAGGCGGUUUGCAACCAUUGGAGACAUGACGGACUUAGAUGAGUCUAUUCAAGUCGCCAGAGAGGCCGUUGAACUCACACCUGAAGACCGUCCGGAACGGCCAAUAUUACUGCAUAAUCUUGCUUUGCAGCUCGGUACACAAUUCUCCCGUACAGGCGCCACCGGAAUCUUGGAGGAAGCCAUAAACCUUGCUAGGAAAGUUGUCGAUAUAACUUCCGACAGCCACCCCGAUAGCGCAGCACAUUUGAAUACCCUCGCAGUGAUCGUUUGCACUCGAUACCAGCAGUUUGGAGCGAUAGCAGAUCUUCAUGAAGCUAUCAAUGCUUCGAGAGAUUCUGUGAACGCGACAUCUGACGGUAAUGCCAAUCGGUCCUUACGGCUGAACAACUUCAGUGCUCAUCUUUACUAUCGUUUUAGUCGAUCGUCCGACUUGGCGACGGGAUUAACUGACCUUGAUAAGGCCAUUGAUACUGCAAGAAAAGCCAUAAAAGCAUGCCUCGAUGGCCAUUCUGAGCGACCCAACCUGCUCAGCAAUCUUGCUGUCCAACUUACAAGCCGUUUCUUGAAGACAGGGGACAUGAAAGAUCUAAAAGAAUCCAUUGACUUGGGUGGGGAAGCUGUCAAGAUGGCCGACAUGGGUCACUCUGAGCGAGCGGCAUGGUUGUUUAACCUCAGCCGUUCUCUAGACCAUUGGUAUAUGAGCACGCAUAAGAUAGAAGACUUGGAGAAGGCCACAACGGCUGCCAGAGAAGCGGUAGAGGCCACCUCCGUUGACUAUCCCGGCAGAGCAGGGUUAUUGAAUAACCUAGGACACCAGCUGAACUCUCGAUUCAUACGCAAAGAUUUGAAAGAGGACAAGAUAGAGUCUCAGCGCUGUUAUGAAGAGGCCUUGGUGUCAACAGUGUCUCUUCCUACCUAUAGAAUCUUUGCAGGUCGCUACCUCCUCUCGACUCCAGAAAUCCUUCAGUACGGUCAAAGAGCGUAUCAGAUCGCAAAAACUACUAUUGACUUGAUUCCGUUGUCAGCACCGAACUCAUUAGCCUCGGUUGACAAGAAGGUUAUUCUUUCUCAAACUGCUGGUCUUGCCUCUGAUGCUGCUGCAGUGGCCUUGCACACAGGUCAAGGAGCCUCAGCUGCCAUUCAACUUCUCGAGUCAGGACGCGGUCUGCUAGCUGGCGCACUUCGUGACCUUCGCACCGAUCUAUCCUCCAUUCAGGACAAACGUCCUGAUCUAGUUCAGUCGUUUCACGAUCUUCGUCGUAUACUCGACUCCCCAACGCAGACGAAUGUCAUGAUGACUGCCGAUGCCGCCUCUGGUUCUUUCGGAGUUGACCGAAGGCACUGGGCGAAUAGUGAGAUGGCCACUCUCUUGAGCGAGAUUCGGACCAUCCCCGGUCAUGAACGCUUCCUGCUACCGGCUACCGACACCGAGAUGCGUUUGGCGGCUGAGCAAGGCCCUAUUGUCAUGGUUAAUGUGAGCUCUCACAGAUGCGAUGCCCUUCUUGUUGAGUUAAGUAGUACCCGAGCUUUAUCCCUCACAGCCCUGUCCGAGGACGAAAUUUCUAGACGAGCGCAGAGUCUCCAAUCUCUUGAAACAUUAGAGUGGCUCUGGGACGUUGUGGUCGAACCGGUUCUCAAAGCUCUUGGUCUCAAUCGGCCCUCACCAGAAGAUCCCUUGCCACGCAUAUGGUGGAUUCCUACAGGGGCGCUGAGCAAAUUUCCUUUCCACGCAGCUGGUUAUCACCUUGAAUCUAGCGGCAGGACGACACUCGAUAAGGUGAUGUCGUCCUACAGUUCAUCCAUCAAAGCUAUCAUCGACACCCGCCAGGAACGCAAUAAGACUAUAGAUGUCGAUUCUGAUAGCGAUGUCGUACUUUUGGCGAUGAAUGAGACCAAAGGGCAAAGCCGUUUGAAAUAUGCAGAUGCCGAAGUUCGGGCUGUGAAGUCAAUGUUCGAUUUGGUGGGACUACCAGUUAAACAUCCGCAGCCACGGAAGGCUGAGACUUUGGCGGCCCUCCAGAAAUGCCGUGUGUUUCACUUUGCAGGUCACGGCAGCACGAAAUCAGACCCCUUGAACAGUUUAAUCUACCUUGAAGACUGGCAAGAUCAACCGCUGACAGUAGAGAGUCUGCUUGAGACCAAUCUCCGCUCCGGCGCACCCUUCCUCGCCUACCUCUCCGCCUGCAAGACGGGUGAAAGCUUGGAUGAGAAGCUAGCCGACGAGAGUCUUCAUCUCACAAGCGCAUUCCAGCUGACCGGCUUCCGACAUGUCAUUGGAACGUUGUGGGAGGUGGACGAUGCUUUGUGCGUUGACAUGGCGCAGAUGACAUACAAGGUUCUGGGGGAGAGUGGAUUUCAUGAUGGAUCCGUCAGCCAAGCACUCCAUCGAGCUACUUGUAUACUCAGGGAUAAAUGGCUGGCUGAAGAAAGGACGAGAGUUAGGAGCAGAAGUGAGCGGGAUAUCAUCUCGUGUGACGACGAGACACGUAAAACUCCGCUCUGGGUGCCGUAUAUACACUAUGGAGUCUAAGUAGAUCUUCGUGGCGCAAGAUAGAAUCUGAAGUGUAUACUUUUUCCCUGCAUCUGAACUCCUAAGAGUUGACCCGUACAGUUAAUCGUCGACGUUGCAAUUUUCAAUGCUUAUAUUCUUGUUCCUGGU